CUGCCAUUUGGCUCGGCUCCUCCUUUCUCCCUUUGCUUCAGAGGCCAGCCAUUCCAGUCCAGCCGAGCAGCCGGCCGGCCUGAGGACCCUGCCUUCUCUUCCUUCGUCCUCCCAAUAACAAAGUCCUUGCCUGCCCAAACAACUCUUGCAGCCUUCUUCCUCCUCUCCUCUCCCCUUACCUUUCCAUCAAAUCGCAAUCCUUGCGCACAGAAAGACAAACAGUGCCCUGCUUGUCUCUACCUCUCCUGCCUCCAGCAGCCUACCUUAGCCUCACCUGGCCGUCUCUUGCCCUGGGAAGAUAGAGUUCAGGAGCAGAGUACUGAAGAGCCAUUGCUUGGCCUGGCUGCAUGAGUGCUCUGCUCCUCCCUGAGGAACAAUGAAAGAUGGCGGCAGCAGCAGCAAGAAGAGCAAGCUGUCGUGGUCCAAGAGCCUGGUGAGGAAGUGGUUCAACAUCAGGGGCAAGUCCCACGACUUCCAUGCCGAUGGUGCAGCUGGAACUGGGAGGUCAGGAGGAGGAGGGGAUGAUGAGUGGAUGGACGGCAGCUUCACCAGGAGGGAGUCCUGUACGUCCAAGAAGAGCAAGACAGAGAGGGCGCCGAGGAGGAGCCACGAGCGGUCGCGGCGCAGCAAGAUCGACCUCGACGCCGCCGAGGCCACCGUCACGCUGGACUACAGGGUCUUUGCUGCUACGUGGAAUGUAGGUGGCCGCGCGCCGCCGGGCUCCCUCAGCCUCGACGACUGGCUCCGCACCUCGCCGCCAGCCGAUAUCUACAUCCUCGGGUUCCAAGAAAUCGUCCCGUUGAACGCCGGCAACGUCCUCGGCGCCGAGGAUAACGGCCCGGCGAGGAAGUGGGUGUCGCUGGUUAGGCGGACACUGAACAGCCUGCCUGGUAGCGGCGGCGGCGGCGGCAGCGGGAGCCUGCGGACGCCGUCACCGGCGCCGUUCCCGGUUGCAGAGAUGGACGCCGACUUUGAGCGGUCGAGGCAGAACAACCCCUCCUUCUUCCACCGGCGGUCGUUCCAGGCCGGGCUCAGCCGGAGCCUGCGGGCGGACGGCGACAUCCUCGCGGGCGCCGGCCAGCCGAGGCUGGAGCGCCGGUACAGCGUCAACGACCGCGUCAUGUACGGCAGCAGGCCCAGCGACUACGAGGCCAACUGCCAGUGGGGCGGCGGCCCGUCGGACGACGAAUGCGACGACGCCGGCGGGUCGCCGAGCACGGUGUUUUCGCCGAUGUCGUACGUGUACGGCAACGCGCCAUCCAUGGAAGAAUGCAAUGGAUCAGCUCGUGGUCAGGCUAGGUACUGCCUGGUCGCAAGCAAGCAGAUGGUUGGAUUGUUCCUGAUGAUUUGGGCUCGGAGAGAGAUGAAGAGUGACAUAAGAAAUCUGAAGGUGUCCUGUGUCGGGAGGGGAUUGAUGGGCUAUCUUGGAAAUAAGGGUUCAAUUUCAGUCAGCAUGUUAUUGCACCAAACAAGCUUUUGCUUCGUUUGCAGUCAUCUGACAUCAGGGCAGAAGGACGGCGACGAGCACCGUAGGAACUCCGAUGUAAUGGAAAUCCUGAGGAAGACCAGGUUCCCAAGGGUUUAUGGACAGUGCGAGAGAACACCAGAAACUAUCUUGGAGCAUGAUCGAAUAAUCUGGCUUGGGGAUCUCAAUUAUCGGAUCGCACUUUCAUAUCGAUCAGUGAAGGCGCUUGUGGAGAUGCGUAACUGGAAAGCAUUGCUGGAGAAAGAUCAGCUGAGGCACGAGCAAAGAGGCGGCCGUGUAUUUCCUGGAUGGAAUGAGGGUAGGAUAUACUUCCCACCAACCUACAAAUACUCGAACAAUUCCGACAAAUACGCAGGAGAUGGCAUGAACCAGAAGGAGAAGAAGAGAACUCCAGCAUGGUGUGACCGCAUUUUAUGGUACGGGAGGGGCCUUAGCCAACUAUCGUAUGUUCGAGGAGAGUCUCGCUUCUCAGACCACAGACCUGUCUACAGCAUGUUCAGUGCAGAAGUAGAAUCAAUCAAUCACAGCAGAAUUCAGAAGAUGAAUUCUUGGAGCUCGCAAUUGGACAUAGAAGAGUUACUACCCUAUUCAUAUGGGUAUACUGACAUCAAUCCUUAUGGAUAUACUGACCUCAAUUUCUAUUGAAAUGGAUAAAGAAACUACAACUUGAGAAUGAGUCUUCAGUCUAUAAACAAUUCAUGGGAGGAUGUUGCUCCAAUCCUGAACUGAAAUGCCUCUAGUUGUUGGGAGGACAAAUCUUCGCCAACAACAGAGGACAGUGCUAAUAGGCAUGAAGGACUAAUCUGAACUAAGUUUCGCUCUCAAUUAAUUGGUGAGCUGCAUUCGCUUCUCAUGUUUAUAAGAGCAUAGUAUGUGGGCACUUAACCUGAGUAAA